UCUCCACUGGCAGGUCCUGGAGAACAGAUCAUCUCUGUCAUCAUCGCUAGACCAUGAGAGCUGGACUGUUCAUCUCUCUCUGCCUCUUGGUGUGUAGGCUGGCCUGUGUCACUGGCACGGCAUCCCUGAGACGCCAGAAGAGGGCAUGGAUCAUCAACUCGUUUGAAAUUGAAGAGGGCCACCCUGGGCCCUUUCCCUAUGAGCUAGGCCAAAUCCAGAUUGAACGAACAUACCGUGUGCAGUUUGAGCUCAUGGGGGAAGGGGUGGAUAAGGAGCCCAAGGGACUCCUCUCAAUCGAUAAAGCAAGUGGAACAGUGCUGGUCCACAAGGCAGUCGACUAUGAGGAACACCAAAACCUGAGGCUUACAUUUGAGUCAAGGAAGACAGAUCAAGCCAUUGAUACAAAACUAGGUGUUGAGAUUGGCAUAUUGGACAUCAAUGACAAUCCACCACUCUUUCUGAGAGGCGUGUAUAAAAUCGACAUUGGAGAGUCAACCCGACAAGCCAAGUUCACCAUUGAGGGAAAUGAGGGAGGCCACUUUAAGAUUGUGACGGACCCUGAAACCAAUGAUGGAAUUCUGUCUGUAGUAAAACCCCUGGACUUUGAGGAUGGUGCAGAGAGAGAACUGUCUGUGUCUGUGGAGAAUGAGGAGACAUUCUUUUCCUGCGAGGUGAAGAACAGGGCCGUCUCUGGCCUGUGGACCGUUGACACAACCGCAGCUCUGCCUCAGCGUAGCUCUGAGCGGUUCAUCAUCCACAUAGAGGAUGCCAACGACCCACCCAUCUUUAUUAUGCCCGUGAAAGACACCUCAAUGAUGGAGAACACAGAGGUGGGAUCCCCUGUGGAGACCAUGACUGCUGUUGACCUGGACUCCAGUCACGCAAAUGAGUUUGUGUAUGUGAAGGGAUACGAUCCAGACGACUGGGUGACUGUAGACCUCCAUACUGGCCACAUCACCACAGCCAAAUUACUGGACAGAGAAUCCCGCUUCAUGGACAAAGAUGUCUACACGGUCAUACUCUACGCUGUUGACAAUGGUGAGCCGCCCUUGACAGGCACAGGGACCCUGAGGAUCCAUGUAAGGGAUCAGAAUGACAACGUGCCACAGUUGACAGUGAGCUAUGUGGACAUGUGUGUGUCUGAUGGCCCAACCACAGCCAACAUCACAGCCUUUGACCUGGACCUGGAUCCGUACGGAGGGCCCUUCCUGUUUCAGCUCCUGGGAGACACUGAUGGGAAAUGGAGUCUGGAUCCUUCAUAUGGUCAUUCAGUGAAUCUGGUGAAAGAGACUAGUGUGUAUGCUGGGUCCCACACUGUUGAGAUGAAGAUCUCGGACUUGCAAGGCCAAUUUGCGAUGUAUAACCUCUCUGUAACUGUGUGUGACUGCUCUGUCACACCCAGCUGCCAGAGAGGCAGAGUUACUGUCACUCAAAUGGGAUACGGAGCCAUCGGAAUCCUGUUCACCUCCUUGAUUGUGUUGCUAUUUUUCUUGUCGUUGUCUGUCGCCAUCUUUUGUGGAAAGGAGCAGUCCAUCAUUCAUAUAGACAGCUCACCAGACACCCUGCUCCACAAUAACACAGAAGCACCAGGAACUGACUGCAUGGUUCCCACUGUGCCACUAGUGCUGCCCACAGAUCAACAGAAAACAAUAUGGUCACAAUGGCAUCCCCAGUCCACUAAAACGGUUUUAGAUCAAAACUUCAGUAUUCAUGGUGCCAGAGGCUAUGGACAGGAGGAUCUUCAACUGUUCAAUGACAACUCUCUGUACAUGAUAUCACCGUGUGCAGUUACAAACAGCUACCACCAUCAGGGAUUCGUUCAGAUAAAUAAGUAUAGCAACAAUACAAUGAACUGUGGCUCUGUAACAAAUGCCUUUCGAUCCCUGCUUCACCAGAGGUUGUACUCCAUCCAGGUUCCAGGGGAAGAGCUGGGGGACUAUGACCCAAACCCCUAUGCCGAUGAGGGGGACUCAUCUGGGGGAACCCAGUUCCAACUGGACACCAUCUCCAUCCCUGAUGACACCUUGGACAUUGGAGAUAUGCAGGAUCUCAGCCCAAAGUUCAAUCAGCUGGCUUCUCUCUGCAUCCCUGAUUCUGCCAACCAUUGAUUCAAGAGGACCAUAGGGUCCGCAUGUAUUGUGAAUAAUGAUAGUAUAAUUAACUUUUAAUCUUUAAAAUAAUAAAAGAAUGAUGUGCCCAUGUGAAGUAACAUCCUUACAAACAAUAUUUUUUUUUACUGUUUAUUAAUAAACGAUGAGUCACAAUUACAUUUCCCCAAGGAUUCAAUUAUUUUCAUUAACAAUAAUACAAAGAGAAAAAAAACGUAGUAUUGGCACAUAUCGAUGUAUUUUACAUAUGGGAAACAGGCCCUGAAAACCCUUGUAAUUGUGUUUACAAAAAUCAAAUACAUCCUUCAACUGUACUUUCAAUUUAUUCUAUAACCUGUGGGCUGAUAUCA